UACACAUUUUAUUAUACGCGACGAUCAUUCUUCUACAAGCGACGUGUCGCGGUAUAUAUAAAACACUUGUUAUCCCAAUGCUCAUGUUAAUCCGCGCUGAUGUAUUAUACUCCAACGUCUUGGUUAUAUAUGUGUGUCAUGUAAUAUAUUAAUCAAACCCUCCCGUGUGGGGAUUAAUGUAUUGAGGCAUACACUAUAUCUACCGGAAGAAAAAGCCGGAUUAUAAGGGAGUAAUUUGUCGACACGUUAGACAGAGGCUGGCCGCGGCGGCGGUGCACGACUGAUUUCAUCCCGGCACGUUUUUGCUGAUGCCGGUCUUCCGGUGAUCCGCGUUUAGGGUUUUUCUAUAAUUUAUACCCCCUCAUUCAUUAAUAUCAGUCCUUAAUGCCCUGCGAUGAAUUUAUAUGGUGUUGCAGAUUGGCACGCUUAAUGUGCACGGUGAUAUUUCCUGGCUUUGAUAAUUGUAGAUAGGAAUUUUUACAUGAUGAAUGAUUUACUGACGGAGUUGCAGUGCACGCAGCCACCAGCGGGCAACUGCUACCGUUUGAUAAUAUUAGGAUCAGGACGUGUGGGAAAAACAGCCAUUGUUAAGCGAUUCCUGUCUGAUGACUUCACCGAAUGCUACAUUCCCACCAUAGAAGAUUUCCAUCGGAAGAUCUACAAAAUCCACAACGACGUCUAUCAGCUGGACAUUGUUGACACAUCAGGCAUUCAUCCGUUUCCGGCCAUGCGCCGCUUAUCAUUUCUAACUGGUGAUGCCUUCAUCCUGGUGUACAGUAUCGAUUCCCGGGAAUCUUACGAAGAGGCCUUACGCCUUCGGGAGCAAAUACUGGAAUCGAUACGCUCGGCCGCCACCGGAAACAAGAGCAAAUCAGGCCGCUCGCACAAUAAGAAUGCUCCCACGGUGCCCAUGAUUAUUGCAGGCAACAAAAGCGACAAGGCGGAAGCGUCGCGUGUGGUCAGUACGGCGGAAGUGGAGCAUAUGCUGGGCCGUUUCAAGGACAACGUGGCCUUCAUCGAAUGCAGCGCCAAAGACAACACCAACAUCGCCGAGCUUUUUGAAUCCCUGUUUGUCAUGGCGGAUUUCCCGGACGAGAUGAUUCCUAAUGCCGGUCGACGCAUCUCCCUGACACAUGGCGGGAAUGUUUUAAUUAACGAUAACAAUACGAGCAAAGCCGGCAACCAGUCGGCGGCAUCCCGGCUGCCGUUGCAACGCGCCGGGCAACGGGGGGAUGACUAUAAUGCCGGCGCAAAUGGCAGUUAUAAUAAAAAUCACAAUCCAGCCAUGCGACACGGCAUAACACUCCGUCGCCGGCUGAGCGACGCCUACAGCGCCCUCAUCACCAACGUCAGACGUCCGUCCAUUAAGGCUGAUCUGAUUAUGGUCAGCGAAAAACGCCAGCAGCCCGGCGGAGCGGGCGGUCGGGUGAAAAAUCGUAAGAAACGCUCCGUCGUGCACCGUGCCGCAUCUGCCGCCGGGAAGAGUACCGGUCGCAGUCAUGCGGAGCGGGAGAUUAAUGGGACUGCCGCCACCGGGGUGGGCCGGCGUUCGCCCGAUGAUAGUCAGGAGGAUGUGAAAAAGAGGCACUCGUGUUUUAAGCGCUGCUGGAGCUGAACGUUGUAUAAAGGCAAUAGCCGUCGUAGUUUCACCUUGAAACUGUAAAACAUUUCAUUAUUAACGACAUUAAUAUGUGGAAGUUAAUGCGAUAGAGCGAAUCGCAUUUUACAGUAUUUUCUAUAGCUUCUUUCGUUGUUGCUCUGUACCUUGCUUUUUGUAAUCGGAAAAGGCUACGCAGUCAUCCCUGUAUUUACCGGAAAUCGUAAUUAAUGAAGAAACAAUGUAUGUAAAUAAAUUUUG